AUGUUUCUUCUACGCCCCUUACGACGGAGUCCGCAAUCAACCCUUCUUCUCUACCUGUCCCCUCUCCCCUUCAUCGCUACCCCCGUCUCUGCCCAUGGCGGCCACACGGACAAGAUCCCCGAGGGAGAAGCCGUCUCUCCCGAUCCCUUGGACAGUCGACUAUGGCUUCACAUUCUGCUCAUGAUCGUCUCCUUCGGUCUGAUCUUCCCCUAUGGCAUGGUUUUGGGUAUCAUUAAGAGUCGCUGGCAUGUCCCUCUGCAGAUUGUGGGCACGGUCAUCGCAACCGUGGCGUAUUUCUUGGGACACAUGCACAAGGGACGACAAUUCCGCCACCCGAACAUUCACGCGAGUUUUGCCAACAGCUUGGUGUUGAUGCUUCUCAUUCAGGUCGGGCUGGGCGUCGGACUGAAGCUACAUCUCGAGGAGAAAAAGGGAUGGAUCGGCCGAGUCUUUGGAGGGAAAGUUGGCAGAGGCGGCAGGAGAGGUGUGGUCAUGAUCCACGGCUGGCUAGGCAAGUUGAUGCCCAUUGUCGCCUGGGCGCAGAUGCUCUUCGGAGGCAUCGUCGCGAUGGGGUAUUGUCGCGGCGACCAUUUGGGGCAGUGCCUGGCGCAUUUCAUCAUGGGAUCAGCAUUCAUCGGGUACGGAAUUAUCAUGACUCUCCUAUUGCUCGUGGGCCAAGCAUGGUUGAGAAGGACGGGCCGGAGCCAGGAGUUUUUCGACAGCUGCGUGAUCGCGGCAUGGGGCUGCGUCAAUACGUUUACCGAACAUCGCUGGGGCCAUCCCUGGGUCAAGAACGACCUGCAACACACGAGCAUGGGGAUUGUCUGGUGGUGCGCUGGAUUGCUCGGAGUAUGGUUGUCGAGAUCGAGGAACGGAAGACCGAAGAGGAAUAUCCUGCCUGGCCUGGUCAUCCUCCUGACCGGCUGGGCCAUGAGUGCCCAUCCCCAAGAUCUGCCUCUGAGCACCAUGGUGCACACGGUGUUUGGAUACACCCUGAUGGCCGCGGGUGCGGCGCGGAUCGUUGAGAUUUCCUUCUUGCUAAAGGACAGCCGUGGCACGGGCGAGGUCAACAGCUGGCAGCACUUGCCGCCAUUCCUCCUCUACGCCUCGGGCUUCCUUUUCAUGGGCGCGACCGAGGAACAAAUGCACCUCCUCUCCGACGCCGACGUCACCCACGUCUCGUACAUCCUGAUCCUCUACAGCAUCGCCUUUAUGCUCUACCUGUUCGUGAACAUCCUGCUGUACGUCUAUGCGAGCCACGCAUGGCCGGACGACGAGAGCAACGGCGUUCGCUCGUCUUAUGGCGCGCCAAGCAGCUCUGGGUCCGGGAGAAGUCUGAGUGUGGCGGGGCCGGCGAGCGGUCCUGGUGCGCACCACGCGAGGAAAAUGUCCACCCUCGCAGGCAUCGGCAUGAACGGCGGCGCAAAUGGCUCCGUGAACGGGAGCGCCAGGCUGCCCCGGCACCGAGGCACCGCGAGCCAGCAGGUCCGGGACGCGGAAGAGUUCGAGCUCGAAGGGCUGAUCAGUGAUGACGGCGAGGACGACGUAGAGAGCCCCCACGCGGCGAAGAAGGAAGGGGCCGUGGCAUUGGCUUAG